CGGAUUGGCUACUGGUACCUUGAUCUCGAUAUCAGCCUGAGGUCAUCCACACCCGAUACCGUUCCAUUUAUUACAGCAUAUGAGACUUGUCCCUAGCUCUAAUACCUUUUUUUUAUUGAGUUGGUUUAUUUUAUUGAAGGAUUGAUUUGCUGUAGCAGCAAAUCAGCACCAACAGAGCACUGCACCUACUUAGCCCAGCUUUAUCAGUAUCUUAUUCUUCCUCUCCAUGUCUUUCUGAUCAUCUUAUCACUUGAGGUCUCAGUCACUUUUUCCUUUUAACUAUCCUGGACUCGACCUGAAUUCUGGCCCUUUUUCGUUUUAUAGCAGCAUGGCAGACGCUGUUAUUAGCGUGACACCAGAAUUUGGCUGUGAACACCUCAGGGAAAUAAUUGAGAGCAACUCUAGAACUGCUGGCCAGUUCUACGAUUCCCUUCUCCUUGUGCGGGAAUCCCAGUCCUCGCUACCUCAAGUGUUCCGGGAGCUUCCUCAGCCACGCUCCGCUUCCACACGACGGUUGUCUUUCAAACCAUUAUAUCAGUGCCUGCACUGCCCGGCUAGUCGAUCGCGGGACGGUCGAGCGGCUCAUCGGGAGAUGACCGGUCAUUUAUUCUUCGCUGACUGCCGAAGUGGAUCAAUAUGGUGUCAAGGCUGUGAUGACUUCAUAUACGACAGUGAGGUGGACAGGGUACUAUGGGAUACGUCUAGAAUAAUCCAGCGCACGGAUUCGACUUCAAAGAAGCGCACUAUUGCUGAGACUCUAGCCGACCCUGAUACAGAGGACGCUUCCUACUUGACAUCUAACAGUAGCAAACGGCUCUGUGGGAAGGAUGGCGUGAGAGGCUUGUAUAACCUUGGCCAGACGUGUUACAUGAACGUUAUUAUGCAGACAUUGUUCCAUGAGCCCCUGCUCACAUCUUAUUUUCUCGGACACGGUCAUCGCAUCUAUGACUGUUCCGAGGCGAACUGUUUUGUGUGCCAAGUUGCAGAGACAUUCGCAGAAUUUAAUAACGAUGAAAAACAAGAAGGAUUCAACUGCCUGAAUCUGCUGUUGAGUUCAUGGCAAUCAUCCCCUGACCUUGCCGGGUAUCAGCAACAAGAUGCCCAUGAAUUCUAUCAGUUUCUUGUCAAUAAACUCCAUGCCACAGCCGAGGAUCGAGUUGACGGAUAUGACCAGAGAUGCCGUUGCUUCUUCCAUAAAGCGUUUUUCGGCAAGUUGCAAAGCAGCGUGACCUGCCAUAACUGUGGAAACACAAACCGCACUGAAGACCCAAUCAUGGACCUAAGUCUUGCUUUCCAGGUACAGAGGAAGAAGAAAGCAUUGCAUUGGACGCCUGGAGAGUCGGAUACGACGCCAACCCUCAACGGCUGCUUAGAGAGCUACACAGCUCCUGAAGAAUUGCCUGCGAGCGAUUACAGUUGCAGCUGGUGCGGAACACCACAAGGAGCUACGAAGCAACUUAGACUUCGAAAUUUGCCGGUGAUAUUAUGCAUGCAGCUCAAGCGGUUUGAGCGACAUCGCUCCGUCUCGGAGAAGGUAGACGCCAAAGUUUCUUUCCCGCUGUCGAUAAACAUGGCGCCGUACACCACACGCUCUCACUCUAAAAAUGUCUUGAAGUAUACCUAUGACUUGCUAAGUGUGGUAGUCCACAUAGGGGACAUUGACUCUGGUCACUAUCUUGCUUAUUGCCGGCAGGGCGAACUGUGGUUUAAGUUCAACGAUGAUCGAGUUACGUGGGCUACUGAGGCGGAGGUGCUGGAUGCCGACGCUUAUCUGUUAUUCUAUACCUUGCGCUCUCUUUAAGGCAUAGUAGUUCCGGUUGAUGAAUUACGCGUUUGAAUGAAGAUUCAAUGUAUCAAUAUGGUAAUAGGGACCUUUUUUUUUUUCCUCUUGUGUUUUUGCCUCGAAGGAUGGUUCUCU